CUGAGGCCCAAAGGGGAAAGCCUUCCACACAGAUCUAAGCCAGCUGCUCUGAUUUAAACACUUCAUUGCAAGAAGAGUGGAAGCAAGGGAUCCCCCCCCUACCAGUGUGCUCAAAGUACACUGGCAAAGCAGCUGCCGGCUCUGAAAACAACAGACGAGCAGCUACAAAUGGUACAUUUAGACGUCUGCUGUUAGGUAGAGGCAUUUUGGGAGUCCUUCUGCUUCAGAUUCUCAGGACUCAAAGGGCACUUGCUGCCCUGAGAGUGGGUGUUCAAGCAAACUGACCUCUGGGGUUAGCCAGGAUCAGUUUGUGUGAAGCUCUGUGGAGGAGGGGAGGAGGGAACAGGCAACAGUUGGAGGUGGGAGGCCACAGUGGGGCUCCUGCACUGCUCAAGAAAGAGACUAGGCAGUCACCGGGAAGCAGGGAAAGAGGAGGAUAUGGCCACGGGAGAAAUCACAACACUUCCCUCCACACCUGAAGACGGUGGCAGCGGCGGCUUUGCUCCUGGGGGCUUCAAGGAUCCCAAAAGGCUGUACUGUAAAAACGGGGGCUUCUUUUUGAGGAUAAAGUCUGACGGGGGCGUGGAUGGAAUCCGGGAGAAGAACGACCCCCACAUAAAGCUUCAACUCCAGGCGACUUCAGUGGGGGAGGUGGUCAUUAAAGGAGUCUGUGCCAAUCGCUAUCUGGCCAUGAACAGAGAUGGACGACUGUUUGGAGCGAGACGAGCAACAGAUGAAUGCCACUUCUUAGAACGGCUUGAGAGCAACAACUACAACACCUACCGCUCCAGGAAGUACCCACACAUGUACGUGGCACUGAAGAGGACCGGCCAGUACAAGUCUGGAAGCAAAACUAGCCCGGGUCAAAAGGCCAUUCUUUUUCUUCCAAUGUCUACCAAGUGCUAAUCUGGGAUCUAAUUGAGAAAUAUUAAUGUCUUAGUGGCAGCAAUGAAGAAGAUGUGACGGCAAUGAAGACCAAGUGCUCCAUCAUCAUUGCCCAAAAAUAGCUGUGAUGCUUUUUCGACUGGUAUAUCCUGAACUUAUUCAGCUUUUACUUUCAAACAAUGACACACAUUCACACCUGGCUGCUUCCCAGUAAAACCAGGCCUUUACAACUGCUACACUAUAGUGCAGCUGGAGCCAGGUGCCUUGCUCAAGUGCACCCCUAAAGUACGGCAGUGUUCAUUUUACUUACCCAGAUCUUCCUCUCUGGCUGAGGGAUUUAAAGCAGCAACCUUUUGAUAACAAGUCGGCUUCUUACCGUUUCAACUUCUUACUGGGUAAACUGCAGUCUGAGUUUAGCUGCAAGAUGUAGGGCAUAUAGAGGAAUAGUCAGUUAAAACAUGUCUCCUACAUAAAAAGGGUUAAGAAAAUGCACUUAAGUCUACAUUAUAACUGUAUAACUUGAUAAAAGAAAAUGGAUUGUACUAAGUAACUGAAUUUAAGAAUGUGCUAGAAAAUGGUUUGACAAAAAAAAACAACUAAGCACACUCAAAACAAAACCCAAGCACUAAAUAUAGUAUAUUCUAAUUAUUUUACAUGACUCACUAUCUUCACACGAUGAAUGGAUACAGAACAGGUUUCCUGAACUUGCCAUUGUUUUUGAUAAAACUGCGUUCUCCUUUUGUAAUUGUAUAAUGGGAGAUUUGUGCAAAACGUCCACAUAGCAUGGCACUGGAGCAUAAUUUAUACAUUUAUUAAUACCAGAUAAUUGUUGUGAAUGUCUAGUUCAAUAAGGGAAAAGCAGUUAACUUGAACAAAAAGAUGAUUUUUACUUUUUUUUUUUUUUUUACCUGUCAGUACGCCAAUUUAGCAAGGCAGCCAAUAAUAAUAUUGCAACUACUGGCCACUGACGUUGAAUUCUGCCAGUGUAUGUUCAGGUACUACUGGUGGUCAGCUUGUUAACACGACCUAAAGUAUUCCUAGUUAAAAAUACAGCAGAAUUUAAAAAUGAAAUCAGCUGCUGGCAGCCCGUUUGCCCAACAGAUAUGGACUUCCAACAUGGCCACCAAAAAGUGUUAAAUACACUGUAUAAAACUCUACAGUCCUGCAGGCUCCGCAGUGGCAUAUCUCUUGUUCUUGUCGUUUGCAACCUAUUGCACCGCAUUUCUUCAAAAGGUAACAGCUAGUGUGAA